AGCAUGUGCAAAAAAACUACUUUCAAACUUGAAACGCUACAAUACCAAAUCCAACCCUUCCUUCUUCCGAAACCCAAUUGAACUCUUUUCCCUCAUUUUUUUCCUCCCCUUCUCUCUCCGUCUCUCUUAAAAACUUCCUCAAACGUUUCGUUUUUCUUUAACCAAAACCAGAAAGGUUUUUAGUUUGGUUUUUUUAGACAGGUUUUCUUUUUCUUUUUCUUUUUUUAUUAUACAACAAUGUCAUCCCCAUCACCGGGGGCCACACCAGCCCCAUCGUCACCACCAUCCACCAACACUACCGCGCCACCACCACCACCUACGGCCGCAUCUCCGCCGCCGACCACGACUCCCUCUCCGCCACCCGCCACGCCCUCUCCACCACCCGCUACUGCCUCUCCACCUCCAGCCACCCCAUCAGCUCCUCCCCCUUCGACCACACCGUCUCCUCCUCCUCCCUCCACUUCAUCACCACCACCUUCAUCCUCUACCUCUCCACCGCCUCCAGCCACCACAUCUCCCUCCCCGUCGUCCUCCACUCCUUCCCCUCCGCCUCCUUCCUCAUCCACUCCAUCGCCCCCACCCCCGAGAAGUUUGGAGACUCCAUCGCCACCACCGCCUUCGGGGAGCUCAGGGACUCCGUCUCCUCCUCCACCGUCGUCUUCGCCUGAUUCGAACAAUGGGGUGUCGACAGGGCUGGUAGUGGGGAUAGCAAUAGGGGGAGUGGCGAUAUUGUUGGUUUUGAGUUUGUUGUUUAUAUGUUGUAAGAAGAAGAGGAGAAGAAGAGAUGAGGAAAGUUACUAUGUGCCUCCUCCACCUCCUGGGCCUAAAGAUGAUCCCUAUGGUGGCCAGCAGUACCGGAGGCAACAAAAUGCUCCCCCGCAUGCAGAUCAAUAUGGUGCAGUGCCUUCAAAGCCCAUGCCUCCACCAGUUACAGCAUGGCGACCUCCAUCACCAGCCCGCUCCCCUACGCCUCCAAUGCCACCUCCUCCACCACCCCCACCUUUCAUGAGCAGCAGUGGAGGUUCUGGCUCUAAUUAUUCAGGUUCUGAAAACCCACUUCCACCACCCUCACCUGGUAUUUCGUUAGGUUUCUCAAAAAGCACGUUUACCUAUGAGGAAUUAGCAAGAGCAACGGAUGGCUUCUCAGAAGCAAACCUUCUUGGACAAGGUGGUUUUGGGUUUGUGCACAGAGGAGUCCUCCCAAAUGGGAAGGAAGUAGCUGUCAAGCAACUGAAGGCUGGAAGUGGGCAGGGGGAGAGAGAAUUUCAGGCAGAAGUUGAGAUUAUCAGCCGCGUUCAUCACAAACAUCUUGUCUCAUUGGUUGGAUACUGUAUCUCCGGGACAACAAGAAUGCUUGUUUAUGAGUUUGUUCCAAACAACACUUUGGAGUUUCACUUGCAUGGAAAGGGGAGACCUACCAUGGAUUGGCCAACAAGGAUGAAACUUGCUUUAGGAUCUGCAAAAGGACUGGCAUAUCUACAUGAGGAUUGUCAUCCUAAGAUCAUUCAUCGUGAUAUUAAGACGGCCAAUAUUCUUUUGGAUUUCAAGUUUGAGGCAAAGGUUGCUGAUUUCGGACUAGCAAAGUUUUCUUCUGAUGUUAACACUCAUGUGUCAACCAGGGUGAUGGGUACUUUUGGGUAUUUGGCUCCCGAGUAUGCUUCAAGUGGAAAACUCACAGACAAGUCAGACGUUUUCUCUUUCGGGGUUAUGCUUUUGGAGUUGAUUACUGGACACAGACCAGUUGGAUCUUCUUUCAUUGAGGACAGUUUGGUGGACUGGGCUAGACCUUUGCUUACAAGAGCUUUGGAUGAUGGAAAUUUUGACAGUCUGGUUGAUCCAAAGUUACAAAAGGAAUAUAACCACAAUGAGAUGGUUCGCAUGGUUGCUUGUGCUGCUGCUUGUGUGCGACAUUCAGCACGACGUCGACCACGAAUGAGCCAGAUAGUCCGUGCUUUAGAAGGAGAUGCAUCAUUGUCUGAUCUCAACGAAGGAAUGAGACCUGGACAGAGCAAUGUUUACAGCUCUUAUGGAAGCUCAGACUAUGAUACAAGCCAGUACAAUGAAGACAUGAAAAAAUUCAGGAGGAUGGCAUUGGGCACACAGGAAUAUGGUGCUAGUAGUGAGUACAGUGAGCCUACCAGCGAAUAUGGCUUGUACCCUUCUGGCUCAAGCAACGAAGGGCAAACUACCCGGGAAAUGGAGAUGGGAAGGAGGAAGAAAAACAGCCAAGGUUUUAGCUGAACUUUGACGUCUUGACAAAACUACACCUCAUUUCUUUGUAAAGACCCCGUCCCCACUUCUUUUUCGUACUAUGAUUUGGAAGUCACAUUGAUUGCAAAGAUUGGCAUGUUUUUCAUGAGAUAACACACAAAUUUUUAUCACCCUAAUUUGGAAAUUACGGGUUUUCAUUGAUUUGUAUUUAUUAGUGAUUCACACAGUAAAUAAUGGAUACACUUUGGUUGAUUCUUUUAUUUGUUUUUUAAAUGUUAAUAUCAAUUUGGUUUGCUGAAA